AUGCGAAAAGGUGAGAGCCAACGCAGUGCAGGUGACGUAUGCAUCGCCGCUUGGAGCAUUCAGUCGGGUCCCAAGACGCAUGUUCGGGUUCACACGCCGUUCAUCCGGUCCAAGGCGGUGCUGUGGCUCAAAAGCUUUCAAUGUGGAACAAUCUGCAUAACAGUCAACAGUUAUCACCAACGUCAGGGGCUCCGGAGUGGUUGUGCCGGCGGGACUCUCUCCAAGCCGAUUAGGAACUUUGGAAGUGAAGAAGCGGCAUGGCGGCGACUCCUGUCAAAGAUUGAGUGGGGGGUACCAUGUAAAGUUUUGAUUGUUGAUGUCGGCCUCGCCCGCCCUCUUAUCCCUAUGUCUCGCCAUCGACUCACUGUCACCCUAUCAUCAGCCCCUCGAACGCACCCAAAGCUUUGCCGCGUAACCACAUGCACUGGUCUAGAUAUCCAGCCAUCUGAGAUUUGGAACUCAGGAGUCCAACACUUCAGCUACCAUUGUCCAUCUGAUAACAUCGCCAAGCAAAAUGGCGCACUUUGCGUCGAGCAGGGAAUAGCAUUAUUCGAGGUCCCUCUACGGAGACAGCCACGCGUCGCCCACGUAGAGUUCGGAUUUCCCGGUAUGGGUCCCGGGUUUUCCGCUGCCCUGGAAAAGAAUUCUCGCAUACAUUUGACCCUGGGAAAUCGGACCUUAAUUUAUCGUGAGUCUCCUGGCGACGCGCGAUAUCGCCUCCCGCCGCCGCUUACAAACUUCAACACCAGAGCUGUGAUAGUAAACAGCUCAGCAAUAAGGCCGAGACCUGAGCCCGGUGUCCGGGAGCAUCCCCCACAUGCCGGGUCGUGGAACUUCGCCGAUGGAUGGGGCUCACCGUGGAUCAUCAUCACCACGAACUACGGAGGUAAACUCGGGACGUCGGCGCUAUCGCCCCAUCGGCCACGCAACGAUGACGGCGGAGCAUGA